AUGUCGAAGAGUAAAAAGAAAAGCGGAGAAGCAGUACCAGUGCCGGGAAGUAAAACGAAUGGAGCUACUACCUUGCUGGAGACCGCCGAUGAACCGGAGCAGGAUGUGUUUGGGCUUCGCGAAAAGGCGCGAAAAAGGAAGGAGCUGCGAUUUUCGAAGCUGCCACUGCCUGAUCAGACACCCGUUCGCUGGUCUAUGGAAGAGCACCCCGGAGGCUUUCGCACUUACCGCAACAUUAAGCGACCAGCUAGCGCUUCAGCGAUGUCGUCGUUUCGCGUCCGCUGCCCGGAAUGGACAAUUGACGAGAACCGAGGGCCCUGGCACGCACUGACAUUACACCAGGGAACGCAAAUGCACAACCGUUACGCAUCGCCGUUUUACCGGCCCAAGUUUCUUCGAGGAGUCGCGUACUUGAUGUUGUUUUUUCUUUUUGGUCGUUGUGGUUGUGAUUAAUGAUAGUUUUUAGAAAUUUACUCUUACAUUUACACUUUUGAGAAAAGAAGAAAAAGAAAUUCCGUUCGGAUUCCAGGUCGUGUCUUCUUGUACUUUUUCAGGUUGGAUCAUCUCUGCGGCGACAACCGCGGUGCACGUAGUCACACUGCCCGACGCAUACGACGACCGCGGCGCUACCUGCCGGCUGGACCGGAUUUUUACAGCGCCGGCAUCGGGUGUGCCAGAAAGGAAAAUUUCACUAUCCGGAGCUCCAUCUCGGGCAGUGCGCAGUCCCGUCCAGCCACGGCUCCGGCAGAUAGUAACACGGCUGCUACGGCUACGGCUGCAGCGAGUCCGGUAGUUCAUGUCAACCGGGAUGAACGGUAUGCGCGGGCAAGGGAUGCACGGAAGCAGCAGAGGACGUUAGAAAAGUGGCGGCAGAACAUCACGGGCGUCGAUAUACUUCUGCGAAAACCCCCGGGACGGCCCCGGACUGCGGAAAAUCCAGCAAGAGCUGGAUGCGGAUUAACGUGAACGUGCUGGCUUGUUGUUUGCUACGAUUAUUUUUUACUUACUUGGUCUAUUUCUUCGUCUUCCCUCUCGGGGGACGAAAAGUGUUUUUUUUUUCAAUGGGCAAACGUGCAUUGCUGCACAUCCUCAUCUGUGCUCUGUCGUGGAAACGAGCUCGAGAAACUGCACGUUUUAGUUGGGCUAGCUUCCUUUUUUUCUUCAACGACCAUUAGGGAUCAUGAUGUUGCAAUCCUGAUAAUCGUCUUCCUGUUUGGCAUCCGACAUAACCACUGUACAAUUUUUUGUAUUCCGCGCUUCGCGAUGAUAAUAAAAUAUGUAAAACUAUGAAGAAACAGAAAUUGCCAUCGAACAGGUCUCACACUCGAUGCUGAUAAAAAAUAGCUACGUGCUCGUACUAGGAAGAGCAUCAUGUUCGGGUGAGCGAAUUUCUCUUCAAAAUCGGUACCAUGCGACAAGGGGAAGAUGACCUGCCUCCAUGCUUAUAGAGGUGUUUUGGAUGCUUGCAAGGGCAUUAACGUUGAGAGCAUUCUGAAAAAAUAUGAGUUUGCAACAACUACCCAUAGCCUGCGGAUCGGUCUCCUCCUUACGCUACUGGCCCAAAAGGUGCCCAGUGUCGACAUCACUGGGCAUCUCCGCUGGGCGUCCCC